AUGUUAGAGCAGUUAUUGAUUUUUACUAGAGGAGGAUUGAUCCUCUGGACAUGUAAAGUGCUUGGAAAUGCUCUUAAAGGAUCACCCAUUGACACUUUGAUCAGGUCCUGCCUCUUGGAGGAACGAUCUGGUGCCGCAUCAUAUAAUUAUGAGGCUCCUGGUGCUGCCUAUACUCUCAAAUGGACAUUCCACAACGAACUUGGCCUUGUAUUUGUUGCUUUGUAUCAGCGGAUUCUCCAUCUUUUGUAUGUGGAUGAUUUGCUUGCUAUGGUGAAGAAAGAGUUUUCCGAGAUUUAUGAUCCGAAAAGGAUGGUGUACAAUGAUUUUGAUGAUACAUUUAGGCAGCUUAGGAAGGAAGCUGCGGCUCGUGCUGAGGAAAUCAAAGCAGGAGGUAAUCAAGAAAAGAGUGGUGGUGAAUCAGGAAAUGAUUGUGGGGAUGGUGAUAGUUUAAUGGGCAAAUUGGAAAAUGAUCAUUCCAAUGGUAAUCAUGUUGGAAAUGGGGAAUUCCCAACAUUAGGUAAUGUGAAUGGUAAAAAGAAUAGGAGCUCCAAUACUGGGGCUUUCAAUGUAAAUAAGCUACAGAAGCUUAGAGCAAAAGGUGUGAAGAAAACUGAUACUGUUGUUAACAAGGAUUCCAAGCAGGAACCAAAGAAAAAGAUAACAAAGAAGAAUAGAGUUUGGGAUGAUUUACCUCCAGAGUCAAAAUUGGAUUUUACAGAUCUGUUGAGUGAGAAUGGUGAUGAGAAUAUAGCAGUUAUGGCAGUGGAUCGAGGGGAAAGUAUGAUGGACAGAGAGGAGAUUCUCAGCAGUGAAAGUGAAAGUGAAGAGGAUGAGGAAGCAGGGAAGGAUCACAAGGUUGAUGCAAAAAAGAAAGGGUGGUUUUCAACCAUGUUCCAGAGUAUUGCUGGGAAAGCAAAUCUGGAGAAGGCGGACCUUGAACCAGCUUUGAAAGCUCUCAAGGAUAGGCUUAUGACUAAGAAUGUGGCCGAGGAAAUAGCUGGAAAAUUGUGUCAAUCAGUAGCAGCAAGUCUUGAGGGUAAAAAGCUUGCCUCCUUUACCAGGAUAUCUACAACAGUUCAGGCAGCAAUGGAAGAGGCUCUUGUUCGCAUCUUGACUCCCAGACGCUCCAUCGACAUUCUGAGGGAUGUUCAUGCUGCCAAGGAACAACAGAAACCAUAUGUUGUGGUUUUUGUUGGAGUUAAUGGAGUAGGAAAAUCGACGAAUCUUGCUAAGGUUGCUUAUUGGCUGCUGCAGCAUAAGAUCAAUGUCAUGAUGGCUGCAUGUGAUACAUACCGUUCAGGAGCUGUUGAGCAAUUGCGUACUCAUGCACGUAGACUUCGGGCAUGA